UUUUUCCUUUUUUUUUCUUUUUGAAAAAUACAUGUCACUGAAAAAAAAAAAAAAGGAUCCGGAUUGUUAGUCAUUUAUAUAUUUUCUUUUAACCACUAAGAACAACAACAAAAAAGUGAUCUUUAUUGUUUUGUGAGUGUGAAAUGGUAUCUUUAGAUUUUCAUGAAGUUGUGUUUUGCUUCCAUGACUCAGAGGGUGGAUAUGGCGGUGGACAAGGACAGGCAAAUAAAUUGGUCUCACUAUCUGCCGUUUUGGCUUAGCCAGUGUCCAUAUAUCUUUGUUUAACUCAGUUAAUAUGCCACAUCUUGCAACGACUUAUGCUGCAGUUAAUGCACUUAUAACUCCUUGGUGGUGAGGCGAACUCUACAAAUUUUUGCAGUAAAUGAAACUUCCAAGCGGUGGCUUCAGGCUUCUAAAUCUAAGGUAGCUGCUAAGAAUGGCCCAACUGCUGCUACAAAGAAGAAAGAAGUCUCAGAUGAAAGCUCAGAUGAGAGUAGCGAUGAUUCGGAAGAUGAUGAUGAAACCCCUGCAAAGGUUGCUGCGCAAAAAGCCUGCUCAGUUGCAAAGAAAGGCUCAUCAGUGGCUGUUAAGAAGGCAGACACUAGCAGCUCUAGAUCUAAAAAGAGCUCUGAAUCUGAAGAUGAGUUUCAAAACCCGCAGCACCGCGCGGGCAAGCUUGCUAGUUAUUUCUAUACUAAAACCCAAACGCCAGUGUACUGUUCACAGACAGUGGAGUGGCGAAAGUGCCCUCCGUUUGGUUUUCCAGCAAGCUUUUUUCUCUUUGUUGCACAGUUAAAUGACGGAAUUGCAC